ACCUCAUAUUUUCCCAAGAACCUGAGAACUAAAAGUGCGGGAUCUGUAAUUUGCUCCCCAAAUAAACAUAUCAGAUCCUAAUUAGUCUUUCUAUCGGUCGUUUCCUUCUCUUUCUCCCGAUUCUUCACCGACUCCAUCGACCUCCACCCUAAAUCCAUCGAGCACCUCCCUCUGCCCUCCACCUCCAACGCCUACCCCUUCCAUCAAUCAUCUCCUCCCUUCAUCAAUCGAUCACCUCUACCUCCGUUAACGAUCAACAAUGGCUAUCAAUCAACAAUCCUUAAUCCGGAAGCAAGCAGAUGAUCACAAGUCGCUUUCGCUUAUGUUGCCUAUGCUUUGAAUCUCAAGCUUGAGAACUCUAAGCUCGUUAGGGUUUUGACUGAUCUUUCACGCAGCUAUACGGAUCUUAUCUUGAAACCGGCUUACAGAACUUUGUUCGAUUCAGAUGCGGAAUCAAAAGACAAAGUGAUGCUUCAGCAGAGUCGGGCGAUAUCGUCUUCGCAUCCGUUAGAUAUCGUCGUUGCCACCCUCGGCUCCGUCAGAUCGAUGUCAUGACUGCUCCGUCUUCUCCAUCUCUUGCGCCUAUAAGUGAGCCUCUCUCUCUCUCUCUCUCUCUCUCUCUCUCUCUCUCUCUGGUAUGUAGAAUCGAUUGCGUAUUUACCAUCGAUUGAGCUGUCAUCUUUCAUGAACCGAUUUCUAGUGAGAAUCGAUUGAUUCCUGAAAAUCGAUGGUUCAUUACAAUUGAUUGAUUGCUAAGUAAACAGGGGUUGGUGAAAAUCAAGUUUCUGCUGAAAAUCUAUGCUUGCUAAGUUGCUAUGUAGAACUGAAAAUUGAUUGCUUGCUAUGUACCACGUUACAAUUGCUUUCUGAAAUUCGUUUCCCAUACUUGCUACGUGCUAUUGAAAUUCCAUUAUUUGCUGAAAAUUAGACUUCUUCCCAUACUUGUUGUUCUUCUUAGGAAGGUAACUUUUUUAUUUUUCAUUGUGUAACAGCUACCAGUUGCUUACACAUAAAGUUUUCAAAUCAUUCAUGCUGCAGAUGUAUCCUUCAAAUCUUCACCAUAUGCACCUCUCCCCUAUUGAUAUGUAUUUAUGUCUUCUCUAUAGUGUCAACCUCUAUAGGAUUCUUAAGAGCCAUGUGAUAGAACUGUGUUUCAACAAAAUUUGUAUUACAGCUUCAACUAACUCAUGAUGUUGCAGCUUAUUCGUGAUAAAAUCCGUUCUGGAAAAAGUGACAAAGAUAUCUAUAAAAAGCUUGAAAAUGAUUAUAGGGAGAUGAUUCUUUAUGCUCCAAAGUUUGAUUGGCAGACUGCAGCCUUCUGGCUCUCACUUCAUCCGAACUUUUAUCAACAGAGGCAAUAUGAAGGCUCCAGAAAUAGAAAUCACCCCAGCUCCAAAUGCAAUACUAUCUCCAGAACCAAUAAACAACCUGGAAUGUGCAGGUAUAUAGAUUUGGAAGAAAUUGUGGUGAAUAUUGAAGAGGUGGAAAAUGAUAAAUUGAAGAAAAUAUGGAAAUAUUGACACGAAGACAUGAAAAUGCUUUGAUAUUUUGUAACAUUUUUUUGUUUUUUAUAUUUUAUAUUGUAUCGAAUAAAAUACUUAUUGUAUUAUGUUUAUAAAUUAGUAAAUAAAAUGAGUUUCUUAUGAUUUUCUUACAAA